AUGGGCAUCUUUCCUGGGGGUAAAAGCACCCGCAUCAACUCUCCUCGUCAUCUAACCCUCCGAUAUUCCCGACGAGCCGUUGCUUCUUAUCAGCGUAAAGCCCAACAGCUCGCUGGUAUAGCUGUUGACGAGGGUGACAAUGAAAUUGACCCCCUAGCGCCUGGUGAGCAGAAGCUUAACUCAUACUGGGCGCCGGGACUCGAAGCUGGCCCAAAGCAUAAUAUUACCGUAACGCAAAGUGUAAAGGCACCAGGUAGCAACGAUGAACUAAAGCUUGAAGCGGAGAAGUCCUUCUUCGUGGAUGCACCGCAGUUCUCGCUGCCGGAGGGUAGUGUGCACUCGACGUAUCCUCCCCCAGGAUAUCCUGACACGAACAGGAUACUUCCCCAUGUAGUCCUAACCGAUCCGCAUCUACCAUGGGAGAGACUCGGAAGUCGAAGCCAGGGCACGAACAAAGAGCUCCAGAUGAAGAUGAAGGCGUUGGCAGCCGGAGCCAGCGGUGAGCCUGUUCGAAACCGUGUGCCCUGGCUCGUAAUGUUUUCCUUUUCUCAGGAUGAGUUGCGGCUACCGCCUCAGGAUUUAGAUGGAUCGGACAGCAUCUUCGGCAACACAAGCGACGGCGUUACAAAGCCUGUCAAACAGUCAGGGACUAUGACUGUCAACAUGAGCAUUGACGACCUAUGGAAGGUAACAAACGUGACAACGCCUGUGACCGCAGACCUUGGGCCGGAUAGCAUGAAGAGCAGUCGAGGCGACUUUAUCUUCGUCAAACCGGAUCUUUUUACAAGCCUUUUUCAGGCAAGAGACUCUAGCGGUAGCGGUAGCUCAGGUUCUAACCCCAACACGUCGCAAUACCAGUACCAGGCCCAUGUGCGCAAAAUUAACGGCCAGGGCAUGGCUCUCGCCGGUGUUGAAGACACGGCAAUCUUCAGCAUUGUUGUCGGCAACCGGUCAGGGCCGCUUGACAAUGAGACGCCAGCAACCAUGACUGCGCACCUUGUUUCUAUCGAAGGCGUCGAGCAGAUGUCUUGGCCCGGGUCGAGCCACCGCUAUGUCGCGCUCUGUUCGCUGUAUAGCUGGAAUUAUACAGUACUGCCUGCAAAUACGCUCAAUGUGCCAGACGCGUUUGAAGAUAUCGGCAGGACCUUGGACGUCUUGCGUGCUCCAGAGGAAAUCAUUGCACCGCUACGAUCAUCGAGCGACAAGAUGCAACAACUCGUUUCCAAGCGGCUUGACGACGGGUAUACACUCGUAAGGUACCGUACCCAAACGGGAGAGUCCACCGUCGCCCUCUAUCGCGGACCAUUUACUCCUUCAUACGUUCCUCCGCUAGAGAAUUUGACGACAAGCUCUAAUUCGGGCGUUGACCUACAAGUCCUUGACAAGCAGCUCGGAAUCAUGGAUAUCACCUACUCCGUUGCUUGGCAAGUCGGCCGCACCAUGGCUUUAGGUGAUGAAGCCUACACAGCUGCGCUUAAUCGUUUACGCACUUCGAUUCACAGUGCCGCAGAGGCCGCUUCCAAACUGCAGACCUUGAAGGACAUUGAUGACAAGGCUUUUAGGACCCGCAGCGACCUGCUCACCGAUAUUGAUUCGGCCAUUCGUAGUUUAGCCUCGAUCCAUCUCGGCGGUAGAGAUGACAUAAAUCCGGGAACGCCUAUCCGUGAGCCGCGGUACUCGCCCGGCGGCGCUAAGCGGCGAUGGAAACGUCCCCGUCUCUCCCGUUCCAACAUACCAGAGAUCUCAUACAGCUCGCCCUUGAUUAAAAAAUAUUUCCCGAGUGAAGCUGCUAAGGCGGCACGAUUCCUCGCCCAAAGCACGACUGGAGGCACAUACGAUGAAACCAAUGAUCCGAUGUCGACAGACUGGAUGACUGUCCUUUCGUGGCUCCUUGACCGCAUGUUUCUUGCUGGCGUACCUGCCCACUGUCUCAUCCCUGACCCGACGUACCUCGAGGCCGAGCGUCUACGUUUCUUCCGAAUCGAUAACAAUUGGGUUGAUGCCUUGAUCGAUGGUGCUCUUUCUCUGGGUAACCACUACGGGGAUGACGAAGACCGUACGGCCAUCAAACAAGCCCUCAACGACUAUAUUCAGCACACUCCGGAGGGGCAGGAACAGCCGGUGCAGAUCCCAUCCUACGGUUUUUACCUACGCUCGGAUCUCGUCACCAUGUUCCCAGACCUACGUGUUGAGGUUCUGGAUGCCAACGGGGCCACAGCCUCCACUGGGGCGCCCCUUCUACGCCACGAGAUUGUUACUGACGGCGUUAUGAUGGCAUUUAUGGAUCGCGUACCCGGCUCGGACCAAUUCGCCAGCCUCGUCUUCACGCAGCCUGCGCAUCAGCAGCGCUUUGCCGUUGCCCGCGGCGUCGACACGGAGCAAGUCAAGGUUGACAUCCGACGACAGUACACAGUCGACCAGAGCAUCCGCGAAAAAGACGAAAGCCGGCACGACGCCCUUGGGCCGUCGCUUAUUUACAAACGAGACGACGUUGAUAAAAUCUUCCUCUGGGACGCAAAGCCCGGCUCCGGGCUGAAUGAUUUACGUAUCAUUUGGCCGCCGAGCUUUGCCGCCCUGCAGCUCAAGAAGCUUCAGGACGAGAUGGGCACUUACAGUGAUGGCGGGACGCAGAAGCCUUACUUCAAUGAUGAUACCGCUACGUCGGCCCUCUUCGCUAUGCAGCUAAAUGAUCCCAUCUAUAACCUCACUAUAGAUCUCCAGAGCCACGCGAGUUCGGGCGCGGUGGCCCAGAUAGGACCACCAGGAGAUUCAAGUACCCCUGAGAUUCGAACGCUGAGGCUAAUGGGCACGGCGCGAGUCAACAAACUCGUUCCAGAGAACGGAUCAUCAACAACUCCUACCAAAGUGCAAGAAGAUGAUGACGACUAUGGAGCUACUUUUAAACGUCUUCAGAGCUAUGUUGCCACGCCCACGGCUCUUUCCCACUUCCUAGCCCCUAACGUCCGUGCGCUCCCGGUUGCUUCCCUAGCUUCUCUUCCCGAGCCUGAACUAGUCACCCAGAGGAGGAAUAAUCCGGAAGCCGUAUCUUCCAGCGACCCCAGUAGUCAGGUUGUCGCGAGUGGUGUCGCCGGGCCACCGCGAUUCCAGAUAACCGUGUCGAGCAACAUCAUCCAGCACUGGGAAGAGAUCCAGCUAGACAAGGACAACCUCCCGCAGGAUCUCAUAUUCUCUGUUCUCGUGGAGCAGGACCCGGUGAGCCAAUACCAGCUCGUGGAGGUCGACAUCCAGAUCGACAUCGGGGACUCGUCGCCCUUCCUGAUGAACACGUACGCGGGGCCCGGCGCGCACAUGCUGACGAACCUGCGCUUCAACGUGCUGCCGACGGCGAUCCGCGACGACGAGCACGACAUCAACCAGCUGCGCCUGCGGGUGCUGCCGCGCUCGGCGAAGGGCUGGGUGUACGCCACCCAGGUCACCGAGCUGACCUUCCUGCUCGGCCUGGCCAAGAUCAACGCGCCCGCGACGUACAGCAGCGAGAUCAAGAUCCAGACGUGGGCUAGGUACAAGAGGAGCCCUAACGAGGGGUUGGACCCGAAUAAUAUUCUUACGAUCACGAACCCGGACACGACGGUAAAGGUGGUGAAUUUACAGUAUGCAGCUUCUAGCUAGCUUCGCGGUUUUUCGAUUUGUGCACUUGCACUUGUUGAAGGGAGGCAUAUUAUUUCGCAAUUCUAAGUCUGUGUAUUUCAUCUUGUUCCUUCAAUUCAAAAUUAGUUAGCGUGUAAGAGUUUCAUACCGUGUUAUGGAAAGCGGGAUGAGCGUAUGGUCUGGAUCGUGUCAGCUCAAUGAGCCGGCCGUUGGGUCCACUUUAACGGAAUAGGGGCUUCGGCAGAAUCCGGG